AUGUCUCCACAGGAAGCCUGGAAGCACGCGAUUGAGAAGGCCAAGCACAUGCCUGACCCCUGGGCCGAGUUCCAUCUGGAGGACAUCGCCACAGAACAUGCUACUCGGCACAGGUACAACGCUGUCACCGGGGAAUGGCUGAAAGACGAGGUUCUGAUCAAGAUGGCAUCUCAGCCCUUUGGCCGUGGAGCAAUGAGAGAGUGCUUCAGGACGAAGAAACUUUCCAACUUUUUACAUGCCCAGCAAUGGAAGGGGGCCUCCAACUACGUGGCCAAACGCUACAUCGAGCCGGUGGACAGGAGCGUGUACUUUGAGGACGUCCAACUCCAGAUGGAGGCCAAGCUCUGGGGGGAGGAGUACAAUCGGCACAAGCCCCCGAAACAGGUGGAUAUCAUGCAGAUGUGCAUAAUUGAGCUGAAGAAUAGGCCAGGCCAGCCCCUCUUCCACCUGGAGCACUACAUUGAGGGCAAAUACAUCAAGUAUAAUUCCAACUCAGGCUUUGUCCGUGAUGACAACAUCCGACUAACGCCACAGGCUUUCAGCCACUUCACAUUUGAGCGUUCUGGUCAUCAGCUGAUUGUGGUGGACAUCCAGGGUGUGGGUGACCUUUACACUGACCCACAGAUCCACACUGAGACAGGCACUGACUUUGGAGAUGGCAACCUCGGUGUCCGGGGAAUGGCUCUCUUCUUCUAUUCUCAUGCCUGCAACCGGAUUUGCAAGAGCAUGGGCCUUGUGCCCUUUGACCUCUCCCCACGGGAGCAGGCUGUGGUGAAUCAGAGCACCAAGCUGUUGCAAUCAGCCAAGACCAUCUUGAGGGGGACAGAGGAGAAGUGUGGGAGCCCCUGCAUGAGGACACUCCCUGGCAGCCGACCCCCCUUGCGCCUUCACCUUUCAGAGAACUCUGGGGAUGAGAACAUGAGCGACGUGACCUUUGACUCUCUGCCUUCCUCCCCCUCUUCAGCCACACCUCACAGCCAGAAACUGGACCACCUCCAUUGGCCAGUGUUUGGUGACCUCGAUAACAUGGGCCCUAGAGACCAUGACCGCAUGGACAGUCACCGGGACAGUGGGGACAGCGGCUGCCCAAGUGAGAAGCGAAGUGACCUGGAUGAUCCUGAGCCCCGAGAACACGGCCACUCUAACAACAACCAAAGACGUGAAUCCGAUGAGGACAGCCUGGGCAGCUGUGGACGGGUCUGUGUGGAGACGUGGAACCUGCUCAAUCCCUCCCGCCUGCACCUGCCGAGGCCCUCGGCUGUGGCCCUUGAAGUGCAAAGGCUAAAUGCUUUGGACCUUGAAAGGAAAAUCGGGAAGUCUGUUUUGGGGAAGGUCCAUCUGGCCAUGGUACGAUACCACGAGGGCGGGCGCUUCUGUGAGAAGAAUGAGGAAUGGGACCGAGAGUCAGCCAUCUUCCAUCUGGAGCAUGCAGCUGACCUGGGAGAACUGGAGGCCAUCGUGGGCCUGGGACUCAUGUACUCUCAGCUGCCCCACCACAUCCUGGCUGAUGUCUCUCUGAAGGAGACAGAAGAGAACAAGGCAAAAGGCUUUGAUUACUUACUGAAGGCAGCAGAAGCUGGUGACAGGCAAUCCAUGAUCCUAGUGGCCCGAGCUUUUGACACCGGCCUGAACCUCAGCCCAGACAGGUAGUAUGGCCAUCACCUGGUUGAUGUUGGGGUA